AUGGUAUCCAACAGCCUCCCAGCUGCUGAACACAGCGUCAUGAUGGUUUCAGAGGAAGUAAGUGCAAUAAUCCAAGGCAAAACCCCGAUCAAGAGACCUGAUCCGGGCAGUUUUGUUCUACAUUGCAACAUACGAAACAAGAGUUUUCCUCGAUCCCUUUGUGACCUAGGAUCCAGUGUAAAUAUCAGGCCGCACUCUGUCGCGAUAUCCCUAGGAUACGACGAGUUCAAACCCACUAAAAUAACUUUGGUUCUUGCUGAUAGAUCCGUUAGAUUACCUAAGGGAGUACUAGAUGACAUGCCGAUAAGGAUUAACGACUGUCACGUACCAACGUUUUUUGUUGUGUUGAAAUACCAGAAUGAACCAAAAGAUCCUCUCAUUUUAGGUAGACCAUUUCUAGCUACUGCUGGUGCGAUCAUCAACGUCAAGGAAGGUCGGAUAUGUUUAAACGUUAGAAACAUUCCAAUGACCUUCGAUAUGGAAAAACUGAUAAAACGACCCUUAAUCGAUAAACGAGCCUCUUAG